AUGACAAAUAAUUCAUUGAAUAUAAAACAAAGAACUAAAAAUAGUUCAUAUUCAAUAUUAUUUUGUGCAAUGAUAAUUUUUCAAAUAAUUGCAUAUGGUUCUUAUUCAAUAUUAGUUCAUUUAUGUGAAAAAAAUGGUACGAUUACAUUUUCAUCAGUAAUAAUGAAUUUUAUAAUUGAAUUUAUAAAAUUAUUAUUUUCUCUUCAUGCUUUUAUAUGUUUAAAACGAAUUCAUUUAAAUAAAAUUCAAAUUUUCUUAUGGUUUAAACAAUCAAUAUUAUAUUCAAUACCAGCUAUUCUUUAUUUUUUAAAUAAUAAUUUAGCUGUACAUAUACAAAUUCAUAUGGAUCCAACAUCUUAUCAAAUUUUAUCAAAUUUUAAAAUAUUUACAACAGCUAUUCUUUAUCGUUUAAUUAUGAAAAAACGAUUAAUAAAACAACAAUGGUUUGCAUUAAUAUUACUUUUUUUUGGUGGUCUUACUUAUAGUUUAGGUACAUUUAAAAGUUCAUCAUUUAUUUCAAAGACUAUUACAAAUUCAACUAUAAUAAUGCGUGAAACGUAUAUACGUCCAUUAGGUAUUCCAAUGAUAGUUAUUUAUUGUACAUUAAGUGGUCUUGCUGGUGUUUAUAAUGAAUGGAUUUUAAAAAGAAAUUAUAGGGAAUCACUUCAUCUACAAAAUAUAUUUCUUUAUACUUAUGGAACUAUUUUUAAUUUAAUACCUGCUAUUAGUAUGAUGAUAGCAAAUUCAAAAACAACUAAUCAUCUAAAUCUAUUUCAUGGUUUUACAUUUUAUACAUGGUUAAUUGUAAUUACACAAGUAUUAAAUGGUUUAAUUAUGUCUGUACAAGUUAAUUACAAUGAACCAUUGUGUCAAGAAAGAAAAACUCAAUUUUAUAAUAAAGUUAAACUUAUUGAGUCAAGUCUUCAAGAAAAUUGUUCUUCAUUUUCUACAACAUAA